GGCACUGUGUCCAUAAUCAGUCAAACUCACUGCGCUCAGGCGGGACAGACGGGACCCAGCCGUGGUGUGCUGGCUAGGACGAGGGGAUCACAUGCAGCUCAUCUUCACCUGAGGGCAGAAGAGACACAUCUAAACCGAGAUAGAGAAGCAGAGCAGACGAGAGGCCUCCGCAUCGGAAAGCCGGCCGAAACCACACCGACCGGUGUUGAACAAACACGAGCAUGGGGAGUCCGGGCGGCGCUGCACACUCACCUCGCUACAUGAGUCCACCCCACGGGGGAGCCAGGACGGCCUGGCCGGACGGGGCCGAGGACAUCAAACUGCCACGCGGCUUGUUGCCGCUGCCCGAUCGCAGCUGGACGGGGGUCUACCUCCCCUACUACGACAGAUUGGCCGUGGAGGAGAAUCCCUGGAUAAUGAGGAUGACAGAGGCCCCGGCUCACGUUCCUCCUCCCUGCAGGGCGCUUGAGCCGAGCCCGGCCAAGCCCGGCCCGCCCCAGGAGCCCCCCGAAGCGACGGGGGGGCAGGUGGAGGAGUGCUGUCUGGAGCAGGUGCAGACCAUGGUGGUGGGAGAAGUGCUGAAGGACGUCGACACGGCUUGCAAACUGCUCAACAUUGCUCCGGACCCGCAGGACUGGAGCUGUGUGCACGUUCAGAAGUGGCUCCUCUGGACCGAGCACCUGUACAGGCUGCCGCAGGUCAGCGCCAUGUUUCAGCAGGUGAGCGGCAGAGAUCUGUGCUCCAUGUCAGAGUCAGACUUCAGGCAACGCUCCUCGCAGUUUGGAGACAUGAUGUACGCUCAUCUGGACAUCUGGAGAUCUGCUGCAGCAAUGAAGGAGUGCUGCCCACCACCCGAAGACAGCGGAUCCGCCGCUGAGGAUUUGUGGUCAGAUGUGAUACGUAACUACCCCAACCAGCCCAUCCACCUGUGGCAGUUCCUCCGAGAGCUGCUCCUCAAGCCUCACAACUACAGCCGCUGCAUCCGCUGGCUUAACAAAGAGAAAGGGAUUUUCAAAAUAGAAGACUCGGCUCUCGUAGCCAGGCUAUGGGGCAUCCGGAAGAACCGCCCAGCUAUGAACUAUGACAAGCUGAGCCGCUCAAUACGCCAGUACUACAAGAAAGGCAUCAUCCGGAAGCCCGACGUAUCACGCAGACUGGUCUAUCAGUUCGUCAACCCGGUAUGAUGAAGAGGGUUUGCUGAUCCAAAGACGACGAGCUGAAGAGGAAGAUAUGCUGGCCAUACAGUCAGGAGUGGCAUAAACUCUGAAGUUCUGCUUGUUCAUUAUACUAAAUGUUUAAUUUCGAUUGUAAAGACUGCCUACUGAACCAAGCACUCCUGCCUAUCAUCACUCUACUUUGUUGUUAAUAAUGAUUUUAUUUUAUUUGUCUUUUUCACUUUUUUAAGAUAUAUUUUUGGAGUGUGAUAUAUGAAAACAUUUGAAAGAAUUAAUGCAUAGUUACUUUCUUUUGGGGACCUGCGUGAGGGGCUUGAUAUCGCUCACAAGUAUAAUUAUUCAGCAGCAAGCAGCUGGCUUGCGUAGCUCGACACUAAGAUUGGGAACAGCAAGCCCCACUUUGUCCAAAGGUUUACAAAUAAUAACUAGAUAUGUUCCAACGAAGCCUCGUUAAAGAGUUUUAGAGUGCUGAUGUAUUUUUGAUAUAUUGGGACAGAGUAAGGCCAGCUGUGUCCCCUGUUUCCGUCUUUGUGCUAAGCUAAUCUCAGCUAGCUCCAGCUACAUAUCCAACAUUGAGGAGUAGCAAUCCUCUCAUAUAACUCAAGAAACGCAAGUAAGCAAACUGUCAUAACUUCACACUUCCUUUAAAUGCUAUUUCUCAUCAGUGACACUCGUUGAUGUUCACUUUAAAGUUUCAGAGCUCCACAGCUGUAAGUGGAUAUCCUAUCAAAUCAGCCUUUUUACAUUUAUAUCUUAUGGCAUUAUGUUCAGAAUCCAGAAUAAAUCAAUAUAUAUAACCACAUGUCUUUUUUUCUAAGUAGAAAACGUAAAAAGUGUAAAUCACAUGACAAGUCCAAAAAAGAAACACACAGACACUAACUUUCUUUUUUUUUCUUUCAACAAACUUGUUUCCCCUUUCAAACCAAUAUCGCGAUAUCGACACCGUAGCAACAAAUUUGAGUCAGGCUUUUCAUCACUAUCAUCAUUAUUAUAUCUGUGAUCAUAAUCAUCUUUAUGCAUAUUUAAAUGAACGUCUUGUUACAUCAAGAUGAACAGGCACUACACCAGUUAGGAGAUAAAAGUACAUCACUAACUAUGAACACACAUCUUCUAGACCGCUAAUAGAGGGUUUCCACAACGUGAGCUGCUGUCCCCUGUGUGCAUAAGGAAGAGAUCAUCAACAUAAAAAAGCAUUUACAUGUACACCUUUUUACUGCCUCAACGUGGUUAGGUCUCAUUUUCCAACUCAACACAGUUGUACAGUUACAAUAGAAUAUAAUCUUUAAAUUACAUCAUCAUAUACAAAUCUGACAGCGUGGGAGAACGUCACGCUUUUAUGAUACACUGACGAUUCCAUUGCAAUGAAAUUCAUACGAUAUGGUACCUAUUUCUUAAUAUGUUUUCCAUUGCUGUUAUUUUAAUGAAUCACAUUUACAUUUAUAACACUACAUUUUGUCUUAAUAGUCAAUCACUUGCAUUUUUUUAAAACUUUUUUUUCUAUUACAUUUACACAACUCAUACACACUGGAUGAUGUUUUCGCCCAAAAUAUUAACCUGGUAACAUGGAUUAUGGUUUUGUCAUUUUUAGUCAUUUUAAAUGCAUGUGUGUGUCUGUGUGUAUAUAUAUAUAUAUAUAGUUAUAGUAUAUAUCUGUGUGUUUGUGUGUAUGUGAGUCUGUGUGUGCAUACACACGUCAAGGAAGUGGGACAGUUUAAUGAUAGUAGUCCUUUUUGCUAUGCUGGACAGCUUUACUCUAAGACACAACUUGUGAGCUGGUGAUGUGUUUCUCCUCAUGUGUGAGAUCCAAACCUGUCAAAUCCUGUUCCAGACACAGAGCUAAACACAUCUGGCCGCUGUUGGUCCAGUGAGAUUUAAAAACAUCCGGACGAUAAAAAGCAUCUGUUCCAUCUAAUCAGAGAUUUAGGUGCAACUCUUAGCAAUGUGACUCACUAAUCAUGAUGAUGACUUUUAAUUUAAUUUCUAUAUAUUAAGUUAAGGGUUUAAAAAUGACCAUUUAAUACACUGUGUGCGGGUCAUCUUACAUGCAGUGCAGCACUGGAGACAAAUGUGUUCCCCUGGUCACUGCUGUGUUUUAGCAGACAAAUGGAGUUCGGGUGGACUGGGAGGCAGCUGCAACUUGAUCCCCACUGAGGCUGUUUCACCUGUGAUAUGUGAAGUUUUUGCAUGGACGGAAAACAGAUAGUUGAUGGUAUUGGGUCAUUCUUUGGCUCAGCAGGGAAACGGGCCACACACACACACCUAGUGCUCUUUGCUAGGUCGGGCGUCAAAUGACGGUGGAGAAACCGCGCUUCGACAACGAGCCCAAACACUGGUACAUUCGUGUCCGGUUGAAGAGGCUUCCAUCUUCAGACAACGAUCCUCCAUUGGGCCCUCGCUCUGGAAGAAAAGUGCCCUGCAGCAUUGUUCAGAACCCACCGCUCAUACUGCAGCGGCGAGCUGGAGAAGGUGACUUGAUCGCGCUUCGCUCUUCGGGGAUGGAUCACUCGUGUAAGCAGUGGUGGAUUAAGAUUAGAGAAGAAUUACUGAACCAAGAAUGAAAGCCUCUGAUUAUGUCAACAGGUUUGUGAUGUCGAAAAAGAAGCGAGCAAACGGAAAACCAGUUCAUCGACGAGCCUCCUUUCAUAAAAACAGAAGCGUGUCCAGAAGAAUGUGACGCAAAUCACUGAAUUCUGCAUUUUGUAGUUGAAGUGUUGCAUCGAGUUGAAGCCUAAACGAGGCUGCAGGAUUCAGGGAAUGCAGGUCUUUUUUUUUCUUUUGCAUAGCACAUGCUGCUAUGCAAAGUUCAGAAAACAGCUAAAAACACAUAGCACUGCACACACUGGAGGUUGGACCAAAUCACAAAUAAAAAAUAAAAAAAACAAGAAAAAAA